AAACCUAAAAUCUGUCUUCUUCACAGUUGCGGCGGCAGAGAUAAAAGAUCCAAUUGCUUGCAUCAACCUGCGUCCAAUCUACCUGCUUUGCACGUCCGGUACCGCCCCUCCGGGCGCCGUCCAACGGCACUGCGCCAGCCGCCGAUACUCCCUGAAUUGACGAUCCUCACUUUCAGAGCGAUGGGGAAAAAAUCAAAGGGCUCUAGGAAGGGGAAGAAGGCAUGGAGAGCAAACAUAAGCACUGCAGACAUUGAGGAUUUCUUCGACAAGUCCACAAAGGAUUCUCUCUCCGGCGGCUCUCUCUCCGCCUUUCCCAGCGAUUCUCUUUUCGUUGUCGAUAAGUCCAGAGAUCUUUCGGUGAAACGGAAAAUAGAAAAGAAAAGGGACAAAGUACUUUACAGCGACAGCAUAUUGAAAAAGAAUCCGUUUGUCCAACCUGUGCCUUCUUCAAUAAAUAAGAAAUCCAAGAAACAACCAGAAGGGGCUUCCAAAGCUAAAGAAACCUCUCAAGAUGGUGCCAGGGGUGGCAUGUUUGAUUUAUGGGAUGAUAAUGGUGAAGAUAAAUGCAAAAUCAGUAAGAAACCGAAGUCAUCUAUUAUUCCAGCAGUAGAAGUUGAGCCUCCAGGAUGUUCAUUCAAUCCGUCACAUGAGAGUCAUCAGGAUAUACUUGCCCAUGCUGUUGCAGAAGAAAUGCAGAAAGUAUAUCGAAAUGAGCUGGGGCCUGAGCCAGUUCCUUUAACAGUACCGGGAGAAGUUCUUAGUGAAGAAGAUAUGUUAUUUCUGGAUGCUGAUCGUGAUACAGAUGAGGAAAUGAAUUUGGAUGAAAUGGAUCAGAAUGAAAAUAAUGAAUCAGAAAAGAGGCCUCUGAAGAUGCGGCGGGUGACUCGAGUUGAGUUGAAUAAGAGAGCUAGGCAUAAAGAACAGCUCAAAAAGGAAGCCAAAGCAAAGAAGUUGGAGGGAAUUUCUAAAGAGAUUGACAGCUUGGUGGAUAUCAUUCAAGAAAUUGCCAAAGAGGAUGAGGAGAGACACAGGAGACAUAUCCGGCGAACAAUAGCCAAACAGGAGAGAUUAAAGUCAUGCCCACCGCGCUUGGGAAAGCACAAGUUUGGGCCUGCUCCGGUUCAAGUCCUACUAGCCGAAGAAAUAACUGGAUCGCUUCGCAAGCUGAAGGGCUGUUGCACCCUUUUGAAGGAUAGGUUCAAGAGCUUAGAGAAAAGAGGAAUAAUUGUCCCUACUGCCAAGAGCAGAAGGUUGGUAAUUAGUUCUUCACAAUUAGCUGUUUUUUUGCGGUUGAAGAUUUCAACCAUAACUUAUAUUUUUUGCGGAUUUCGUUCAAUAGGAAAUAGGAGAGACGUGUGACGAACUUGACGAGACGAGAAAUGAUUUCAUAUUAUAUAUAUUAUCUUCGAUAUGUAGCUCUUUUUUGUAUUAGAUCAGGUUCUUGUUUCCAUUAUAUAUAUAGUUUCAUCCUUAAA